AUGAAAGGUGAAGUUACUUAACCUAAAACUUAAACACAAGGAUCGCCAUAAAAGAAUGAUAAACCCUUGAAAUAAGUAAAAUAAUAAAGUCCAUUGAAACAUUAAGCCGAACCAGAAGUAGUAUGGCCAUUUUUUGCACCUUAACCGGCACUAAUUAAUUAAAUGAGAUUUUGGGAUAGGAAAAAUUGCAAGAAUGUUUAUCCAAACAAAGAAGAUUUAAGAUUUUAGGCCAUUAUGUUAAGAGUAGGAAAAAAGAAAAAGUCAACAAAGGGUUAUUUUUUCAAAUUAAGUAAAGAUGGGACUCUCAGUUAUUAUAAAAAGGUUUAAGAUUUAAAUAUAAAUAAGGAAUCUGAUAAAGUAGCAAAGGGAUAUUUAUAAAUAACAAUGGAUUAUGUUGCUCAUCUGUUAGAACAAAAAAGUAAAAAAGAUUCUUUACUUAUUGUUUAAAUUGAAAAAUAUUAAGGACUCUCGAUAUCAAUAUUCGAUGGUAAAACUUAAUUGACACUUGAAUUUUUUAAUAAUUUAAAAGAUUAUUGCAUAGUAUCAGGAAUGGAUAAACUAUAUACUUAGAUGGAACUAUUAGGGAAAGGUUCAUUUGCAUCAGUAAUUCAUAAAUUAGAUAAUUGAAUAGGUUUAUAAGGUAAAGAAUAUAUAGAAUGAGUAAAUGUUUGCAGCCAAAACAUAUUUCAAAGAAACAUUUGAAUAAUCAUAACAUAAAUCUAAAUUUGUGGUACCAUUUGUUCCUUAUUAAAGCUGAGCUUAUGAUAAAAAACGAAAUCAUGGUUUUACGUAAAGUUAUACAUCCUGGAAUAAUAAGACUAUAUGAUGUAAUUUAGGAGAAAGAGAAAUUAAUAUUGAUAAUGGAAUUAGUUUCAGAUGGGGAUUUAUAUAGUUUGAUAAAAGAGAAGAAGAGAAUUCCAGAAAAAGAAGCUGCUAUUAUGUUAAAAGGGGUAUGUGAAGCAUUAAAUGAAAUGCAUAUGUAUUUUAAUAUAAUUAUUAAUUAGAAAUGAAUUUGUACAUAGAGAUCUAAAAUUAGAAAAUAUUAUGAUGAAAUCAAGAGAUUAAUAUAUAAUUAAAUUAGUUGAUUUUGGAUUUGCAGAACCUAUUAAUCAUAAAGAAUUAGUAUCUAAAGCAGGUACUCCUGGUUAUAUUCCACCUGAAAUAUUCAAAUUAUUUCCUUAUACCGAUAAAGGAGAUGUAUUUUCUGUUGGAGUUAUAUUUUAUUCAGUAUUAUUUUAUUUAUUUAUUAUUAUAGUUGAUAUCUGGAAUCUCAUGUUUUAAAGGAAAGAAUUAUUAGGCUGUUCUUGAAGAUAAUAGAAAAUGUGAAAUCAGUUUUAUUAAAUAAGUUUGGAAUGAUAUUAGUAGUGAAUGCAAACAUUUACUUAAAAAAAUGUUAGCUAGAAAAUCAGCAGAUAGAUAUACUUGUGCAGAUGUACUUAAAAAUGAAUGGAUUCUUAUGCAUACAUCUAAUGAAUAUGAAUAAUAAGCAGGUAAUCUUAUCUAUCUAAUUAUUUAGAUUCUGAACUCGAAAGAAGAAAUUCUUAUUAAACAAUGAAAAAAUCUCAUUAUAGCCAUUAUAAUUCUGUUGAUGGAUCAUAACCUGAUUUUAAUAAUGAUUUCUCUUAUCAUACCAAUGAUUUAAAAUCUUUUUAUCAUCGAAAUAGUUAAAAGACUGUUAAAACUUAAAGAUCUAUUUAAUCAAUUAAAUCUAAUAGUAAUUUUAUAUAUUUACUCUUAUUAGAUGAUAAAAUGAAGUAAUCUAUGAGAAAUAAAUCUGCUAAUAGUAAAUAAUAAUAGUUUACCAAUUUUAAGAGUCAAACUCUCAAACAUAGAAAUAAAAGUGCUAUUCAUUCUAAUUCUAAUGAAGGAGGAGGUGAUCAUAAAAGUGUUAGAUGGGUUGAUAAGAAAAAUAAAAGUGAUGAACCAUCUUUUGGUGAUAAAAAAGAAAGUAUAUAUUAAAUCAUUAAUUUAGAUGAUUCUGUUAAGACAUCAAUUUCUCUUAAAAUUUUUGAAGAUUUUGAAGCCAUUAAUUAAUCAAAUGUAGCGUUUUUGAAAAUGUCUCCAAUACUCUUUAAUUUAUAGAAGAAACCUGAUUGUGAUGCAAAAAUUAAUGAAGCUAUUAAAAAGAAAAAAUAAUAGGCAACGCAUUUUAUGAAAAUAAAAUGA